AUGGCCGAGGUCCCGCCGAUGGUGCGUGACACGACGGCCCUCUGCUGGGCCGCAGGCAUGGGCGACACGGACCUUCUGCUCCAGCUCAUCGACGCCGGCGCCGACGUCAACCUCGCCGACUACGACCAGCGGACACCGCUGCACAUUGCGGUGAGCGACGGCAAGUCGAGCGUCGUCGAGAUGCUUCUCAAGGCCGGCGCCAACGUCUACAAGAAGGAUCGGUGGGGCGCGACGCCUCUUGACUGCGCCAAGGACCCGAGCGUCGUGAGCGUCCUUGCGCAGUUUGUGCGGUUCCAGUCGGACGUGCCAUUCGCAUCGGACCGUGCGCGGCCGCCCCUAAGCCGGCGUUCUCCACACAACUUGCAGGAGAUUGCGACCGCCGCCCGCAGCGACGUCCUCGACCCGAGCACCGUCUUUGCCGCGGUGCAAGCCGGCGACACGGAAACCCUCAAGCGCGCCUGGCUCGACGGGCUCAAGGUCGAUGUGACCGACGCUCUUGGCCGCACGGCGCUGCACGUGGCGGUCGAGCACGAACAACUGGACGUGAUCGAGCUCUUGCUCUCGGCGGGCGCCAAGGUCGACGCUGCCGACGCGGUCGGUCGCACGCCCAUGUCGCUGGCUGUCGACGCGAAUUCCAGCGCGAUCGUCGACGUCCUCCGGCAGCGACACCAGCCGCCGCCGCCACCGAGCGACAACCGCAUGGCCUUGGCCUUUGAAGCCAUCAAGCGCGGCAACGUGGCCUACCUCAUGCAGCUCGUGCCGCAGAGCGUGCACCCCGAUGUCCAAGACUACGAUGCGCGGUCGCUUUUGCACGUCGCUUCCAGCGAAGGCGACCUGCGCAUGUGCCAGUACCUCGUCGAGUGCGGCGCCAACGUCAACGCGCUCGACCGCUGGGGAAGCUCGCCGCUCGCCGAGGCCACGUACUUUGCCCACCACGACGUCGCCCGGUACCUCCGGGCGCAUUACGCAGUCGAGCACGGCCACGCGUACGACGAAGCGAUGAACCAGAUGGACCCAAGUGUGCUGGACACGGCCAUCGAGCACGUCCUUCGCACUGUUUGCGCCGCCAAGUGGAGCUUUGGCGAAGCGUGCAUUCCCGUCAAGGACGAGGACAGCGACGGGUGCGCGAUCGUUCUGCACUCGGUCUGGUUUCGCCCCCACAAUAUCGGGGACGACAAUGUCGAUAUGACAAGGGACGCGAUGCUGCCGGUGCUGCAUGCGGCGUGGAGCCGCCACGCCAACGGCGGCGCCAAGCUCGACCCGAUUCUGCUCUUUCGCAAGGCGCGCGGCCUCAUGCUCGUGGACCCGGGCCAGGACCACCGGCCAGCAGCCCGAGUGGGUCGCCAACCUCACGCACACGCCGCAGUCCAAAUUCUUUUUGGGCCGCAUGCGCGCAAGGCGGGGCUCAAAUCCCUCCUCUCCGUGCCAAUGGUCGCCAAGCUCGCCGUUGUCGCCGUCCUCUCCUGGUACAGCCACGAGAGCUAUGGGGAAGACGUCGCGUACGUGCAGCGGAUCCAGCGCCUCGUCAAGGGUGUCACGCUCCUCUGUUCGCUCAAGCACGAGACGCAUUUGGGCAUGUCGCGGUACCAGUACUGCUACGCGCUCGAGAGCGCCCUCACAGGCGCGGGCGAGCUCUUGUAUCCCUCCGUGACGGCGGACGAACUGGCGCUGCACGACGUCGUGUCGCUGGCGCUGACGUGGCGGCUCUUUGACUAUAUCGACAAGAUCGCAACCUCCAUGAGCAGCGAAGACCACUGGGCGGCCGUGAACAUUCUUGCGUCGCUCGUUGGGCUCGUCACAAAAGGUCUCUUUGAUGACGUGAUCUCGGGCGCGCUUCUGGAGCUGACGCCGGACGACCUGACGCCAUCGAUCACGACAAAGGCGGAACUCGUGCAACACGUGUUCUACUACCUCUCGUACUGGACCGCCGUGAGCCCGACCGAAGGCGACUUCUUCUCCAAGGUGCACCAUCUCUACAACGAGCUGCAGCGCCACGUGCAUCCGUCGACGGCGCCAGCACCCGUACUGGUCGUCGAGGAGCCACCGCCGGUAGCGUCCGACGAGCUCGAGUGCAUUCUCUGCAAGUACAAAGUGUCGGGUCACAUCCACCGCGGGAAAAUGCCGCCGCCGGCCGUCGUGGCCCCGCCACCGCCACUCGCCCCACCACCGAGCCUCUUUGGACGCGUGCCGUCGCCCGUUCUCCGGGAGCUCGAGCAGCUGCCGCGCCUCCUCGCCGACGAGUUUGAUCGGUCCGGACUCCAAGCCAAGCUCGCGAACCGCGCGUUCGAGGGCUUUUCGUCGACGCCGUUUACGAUGAGCGACGUCUACGAUGCGCUCGGGAGUGCCCACGACCGCAAAGGCGCGUUCCGACCGUCGACGCCGCCGCCGACCGCCGCGCUCCUCUCGAUCCUCAACACGAUCUUGGUCGAUCCGCGUAGCGUCGUGUCCCACGACCAAGUGCUCACGCUGCACCGCGCCGUGUGCGAAGCCGCAGGCGAGACGGGCGGCAUGGCGCGGGACAAUGCGGCGGUCGGGUACGCCUCGGAGCGCAUCUACCGCGUCUUUUUGCCCGCCGAAGAGAUUGCAUCGGCCCUCACGCUCUACGUUCGGACGCUCAACCAACCCUUUCAGCACCCGCUGGUGACGGCCUACUACGCGUUUGCGGCGCUUGUCUUCUUCAUUCACCCGUUCUACGACGGCAACGGACGGACGGCGCGGCUCUUGGGGAACGUUCUCGCGCGCAAGGGCGGCUAUCCCAGCAUUUUCCGGCACGUCGACAAGACGAUCCAGCUCACGCCGUUCCUUGAGACAGCGAUGCACACGCUCGAGAUGCAGGAGACGGUGCGCCGGACCCGCCAAGGCCGCCUCGCAAAAGGCAGCAAGACCACGUCGACGUGGUUUUAACCCUACCCUCC